AACAAUAUGUUAAGGGUAGUUAAGAAAAUGUCUCCUCUGAAAUGUUUUUCCUCACGGCUUUUGUGAAAAUUAUAUUGAAUAGAUGCAGUAGAAAAAAUAUAUAAAAUGAUUUUAAUUACUGGUUAUGAAUGUGAAAAAUAUUGAAAUAACGUAAUAUUUUAUUUUAACAAAUUGUGUAACGAGAAAGUGAAAAGUGUAUGAAAAUAAUGAAAAGUUUGGGGUAACAGUUUGGUCGCUAGUUAAGAAGCUAAACAUAAAGCCGAAUCAAAUACCUUACGCACUAUUAUACAUAAUUGCUUUUGGGAGAGAUAUCAAUUUUACAUAAGAAAAUUAUGAGACGCCAGCCGUCAUUGCGAAAAAACACAAUCGAUAAAACACUGGGGCUAACUAUCCACUAGUUGAUGGAUACGGAAAAACAGUUUAUCUUUAAUCAAUGACAAAUAGUUUCUAGGAGAGAAAACAUGAUUUUGCUCCCUACUAUUUUAAUGUUUAAUAUCAUCCGUAUGCCGGGGCCAGUUACAGCUCGCUUCUGUGAAGGAGGCCAUUAUUGUUCGUUACCAAGGGAAUGUUGUACUCAAGGAUGUUGUCCACCAUACCAAAGUGGGCCACGACAACUACCACCGCCGUCCGAACACGUAUUGAAUUUAUUUUUCAUCAGCCACUGGUUUUUUUGGUGCGUGGUAGUUGCGGUCAUUUUAGCAAUUCUUUGUGCGUAUUCCUUAUGGAAAAAACGUCGUACACUUUGUGGCUGGGGAUUCACGGAGCAUCAUACUCAAUCCGAGGGUGACUCGGCGGGUUCCUGCUAUGCACCCCCACAAUAUAGUCGUUGUAAUUCGUUCCAUCAUCCGCCGCCUCCGUACACCGAGGUCACAUCAAAGCCAGAUCUCUAUCCACUCGUCUUCACGUGCAACAGUGACAACGUUAAAACCGGUUCCAGUUACCUAAUGGUACAAUAUUUUCGCAACUAUAUCGUUCGUCCUGUUGGGUCGCUUUCUGCAGCAAGCACAGUCGAUUCGCUUAGUUCCAGCUUCAUUUGUAAUAUCAAUGAAGCUAACACGCUUGUGCCGCCACCAUAUUCUCGGGCAGCCAGUCCGGAAGCAGAGUUAAGUUCGCAUUUGCAGCAACAGUUUAUGAUUCCUAGAUCAGCAUCACAAUUAAUGUACGCAAGUGGAGGUAAUAGACACUCCAACAACCUUGAAGCUCACGAAAUAAGUAGUGGUGUUAUUGCUCAGAAACUACAUCAAGAUCACCAUAGUAAAGUAACAAACUUUACUGUAGUGGCACUCAAUGGGUCAGCAGUUGGAAAUCAGAAUGACAUUGAACUGGGAAAGCUUACAAACUAUAAUACGGUCUUACAAACAUCGGUUGGUGAAUAUUUUAAUUCCAAUGAAGUUUCUGAUGACAACAGUCAGAAUCGAAAACUUAAUCAAAAUUAUAAUCGUGAUAGCAAUGAAAGUAGUGGAAGCAACCGCAGCAGUGGAUGUGCUAGCAAUUUUAGCUCUGGUUGUAUUCCAAAAGGUUUUAUACAGUCCCAAAGCGAUCAACAAUUUCAUUUUAUUAAUAAUAGCAAUAGCAGUAUCAGUGAUAUUUUUCUAAAUAACUGCUCCAUAGCCGCAUUCGCAAAUACUCCUAACGAAAACGGUUGUAAUUUAAUAGGUAUAAAGAAUUCUGAAGAGAACGGAAAAUUCAGCCCAUCGGAGUCGGCUGAUCCCGCUACAACGCUUCCUAUGCACACUCAAUUUAACAAUCAUGCUGCGUCAGCAAUUUUUAGUAAUAGCCACAUUAAAUCUAAAUCCUUGCACCGCACUGCUACGAGUCCCACGCCACUUGUAUUCGACUCAAGUAUUCUAAAUCCGACUUACAAAUCAUGUGAUUCCGUUGCUGAUAUUCUCUUUACCGCUCCUGCAAAUACAGAUAACUUAUCAGAUUCAGAAGUGAAAGAUCUACAUUUGUUGCGGCAAAGUCUGGAAACAUGUUGUAAUGUCUUACAACAGCAACAUCAGUUGAAGCAAAGACCACAUGCUGAGAUAAAUAAAACAGAGUCUUCGUCAUCCAGACUAAAUGAGUUGAUUGAAAGGUAUGCAGCGGACGACUUGGGUAUGAGUAACUAUACGGGAUCCGUUAAUUGUUCUGCUGUGAGUAGUUUGGUAAAUAUUUGCUUACCCAGUUCUCCACCACAAGCCACAAGCCCAACUGGGGAAGUAAGGGAGAUUCUCGAUCAAAUACGUCAGUUACAGGACAGUAUAAGUCAUGAAGAUGUGUUGCUGCAUAUGAAACCUGCACUACGUCAGACCUUAUCUUCCCCAAAGAGCAUUUCCGUAGUCAUAGGGAAGGAUUCGAGUGCAAAUACUCAGCCAAAAAAAAUCUGCGGUUCCGUUACGUGCUGUGAAAUUCAGCCUAGCCCAACUGUCAAGUCGCCAACUAAUCCAACAUUUUCUAAGACCACUGUUCGUUUGACAUCUCCUUCUUCAGAUAAGAGCAUAGUUAAGGUAAUAACAACAACAGCGCAAGAUAGUUUAAGUACGAAUGAUACUGAUAAUUUAUUGAAACGACCUGUGACAUUGCAACACAAAAGAAAACUCUUUACCCCAAAACCAAAUAAGGCUCUUUACAUUCCCAUGACGCCAAAUAUUACAUCGACACCUGCUAACAAAUAUAUAUUGAAAAGUCCUCUUAGCAGUGCAGUGGGGACAAAUUUUUUCUCUAGCAGAGGAGGUCGAGUGCGAAAAAUUUGGGUAUCACGUUCAGCACCUACAACACCAGGCACCACUUUACCGCCUAAUCGAUUAGGCGAUGAUAGCCCGUUACUUACAGAAUACGAUGAAGAUGGAGAUAUUGUUCAAGGAGAAUAGUGAGUUUAAGAGAUUAGGUAAAUGUUAAACCUAUGUUUUUAAAAGUUAUGAGUGCCCUAAGUACAAAGUUGUAAGUCGCAAUUUUUUUCUCUCGCUAUUAUCACCGAAACGAUACCGCACACGAUCUUCUAUUGUGUAUUAAUUCAAACAACACAACAGAAAACAAACUAUGUAUUUAUGACCUUAUGUUAACCAUUUACAUAUGUAUGUAUGUAUAGAAUAGAUAUUAUGAUCUGUGAUCAUUUUAGUGCAUAAAAUCAAAACUGAGUUAAUAACAUUUGAAUAAGAACAGAUGCUUUUUCAUAUAAAGAAAAAACAAUCUCGAUCUCGAUGUCACCCGUCAGAAAUAUUCUAAUAAAUAACCAAAAAACUACUUGAAAUACAAAGUUUUAGUUUUACAAGUAACAGUAAUCGACAUUAUUAUUUCUUAAAUCAAUUAAUGUUUGUCAGAUAGUUUGUUCGACUUUGGCAGGUUCUUCAUGGUGGCUUUAAAAAAAAACUCUUUCUACCGAUACGGAUGAAGGCGGUUGUGUAUUAUAUUUUUGGACUAUUGCUUUGAUUUCUAAUAUCCCAUUUAGAACUAAAGCUUAACUGCAGUUAAUAGCUCAGUUUGUUGUUGUUGUUGUUGUAGUAGCGGCUACAAACACCCCGCCCCGAUCCGCUGGUCCCUCAAUCGUUGUCGCUUUACUAACAGGAGACCUAUGAAGCGUGCGGCCUCGAUACGGUCUGUCCAUAAGAACAAAGGCGUUAGUAGAGUGGAGUUAAGUGGGCAUACGAAGAGAUGUCUCGAGUCAUGGGGUGUCCCUCCGCAUGCCGGGCAUCCGUUUGGCACAUCUGCAUUUACUCUGCUCAGGUAUGAGCUUAACCUGCUACAGUAGCCAGAUCGAAGUUAGGCCAUUAAGCUGCGAGUCUCCCGAGGAAGACGAGGCUCUGUCUCGUUCACGUCUGGUGGUUGUGUGCCCAGAACGGCAAUUACACGUCGGCCUGUGAAUGCCGUUCAAGGCCUGCCGGGACCAGAGUUUUUUUUUAUAUAAAUAUAUAGAUUCCUUGUGACGUGCUGUGGCGAGGGUUCUUCCGCAAGCAAAUGUCUGUUCGGGUGACCACGUCGGUGACACCCUACUAAGAAUUCAUUGCAGAGCCCUGUCGUGCAGUUAAUGUUGCGGCGACAUCAGAGGGCAUCCUGUCGCUGUCUUGAGUGCCGUGUUUUGGCAGAUCUGUAGCUUCAUCCACUGCGUCCUACUAGUCCCCGGCGACCACACAGGCGCUGCAUAGUUCAGAACCGGCCGGCCAAUUUCCUUGUACAUUGCAAACAACGUUUCUUUGCCUUUGUCUGCCGGAAAGCGACUUGAGGACGUUGUUGCGGUUUUGCACUUUAUUGACAAUUGUAGUUGUAUGCGACGAGAAGGAGAGCAGACUGUCGAAGGUUACUCCGAGGAUUUUCGGUUUAUUCACCGUCGGGUUUUGUUCGUCAUCGGCGUGAAUACCCAGUUGCAGUCUGACGUCCUUCGUCCAAGUGGUGAAAAGUGUUGCUGAGGAUUUUAAUAGGGGAGAGGGGCGAGCUCCGUUCAGUAAGGACGCGAGAAAGCUCGGCGAGAUAAUUGUUCACUUUCGAGCACAAGUCAUCAAUUCCAUUUCCAGACGCCAUUA